CUAGUAGGUUCUUCCGCGGCUUGCCAUGGAGCCGAUUUCUGCACAGCAGGUGCUGCAGGCGGCUUUUGGUGAGGAGGAGGAAGUGCAGGUGUGGAAUUUCGACCCUGCGCGCGGCGAGGCAGCCUUGUGUCGUGUUUGGCUCCGGCGCGGAUCUUGCAAGUGGGGCGCGCUGUGCCGCCACGGCCAUGAUAUAGACCUCUCUGCAUAUUCUUUGCGCGCGCGGCGCGGGGCGGCUAUGCCUCACCUGGUGAGGGGCGAUGCCAAGGCCUCCUUGGAAUCGGAUACCGUGGCCUUCGUUGUAUGUGGCAACAGGGCGGUCUAUGACUAUGAAGACCCCUGGGUGGCACAGCGCUUCCUGGCUCCAGAGACAGCAGGCACGCACUUGUGGUCGUUGCUUCCCCUGGAGCUGGCGGUGCAAACGCUGUGGAGCGCCGGAUCCUCUGGUGCGCAGGCACUCCUGACCUGCAAGGACUGGCACCAACGUGAAAUCUCGCAGAAGAUGCGAGAGCUGACCUACCAGGAAGCUACAGGAGCCGAAUUUCCGGACUGCUCCGCUCGGGAACUUAGUGAGGUCAUGCUGGCCAGGAGAUUGCUGCUGUCCGCACAAGCAUUCAGCACGAAAUCCGACUACCAGUGCUCUCCUGUGGCGCAAGUGCCGCAGCCAGCGCCCUGCUUGGCUGUGCUGCUGGACGAGGCCGUGGUGUUCGCAGUUCUCCAAAGCGGGGAGAUCCGCUGUCACCGAAGCAGCACAGGUCAGCUGCUGGCCAGCUCACCCCGCCUUAGCAAGGGCCGCCUUCUUCAGGCGGCCACGCUGGGCAAGGCCUUUAUCCUAGGCGAUGAUCAUGGGGGAGUUCACUUGGUGCAGCGGGAUGAUCUUAGCGAGACAAAGCAGCUCCGUUCCAGCGGCAAAUCUGCUAUUUGUGCGCUCGCGGCGCUGAAGGCCAACCAAGAGGCGUACCUAUGUGCCAGCAUGGAUGGCAGCCUGGAACUUAUCCAGGUGUCCGACGAAGAUUCCAGGAUUCAGCUGCUGGCCGAACUGGGCGCCUUUUCUAUGGCGCCAGCUCUUUGCGCCUUUGCCGUGGGUGAGGAGCGUGUGCUGGUGAGCGCGGGCCCUCACCACCUGUGGACCUGGUCGCCCGGCGGACUGAAAGCUGUGGCGCAGAGCCGGUGGAGCGGGCAAGGCAUUUGCCAUUCCUGCAGCUUGAACGACAAGCUGGUCAUUGCUACCACUGCCUGUUGCCGCCUACAGUGGUGGUCGCUGAAUGGCGAGGAGCUGAGGCCUGCUCGAUCCAUCCGGACUGAGGACGGUGAAACCCAGGCAUUUCGGGCAAGCAAUGUCGGCAAAGUGGUGGACCUUUGCGCGUAUGGCGACAUUUGUGCGUCGCUGCAUGCCAACCUGACGCAUCCCAACCUGACGGUGGUGCUGUGGCAGGGAUCAUCGAAAGCAGAGGUGGCCCGAAUAGAAGUUAGCGGCCUGGGCCAAAGCCUGGCGUUGGGCGCCGGGUGCCUGGCCAUCGCCAGCUUCGCAGGAGCUGGGCGGUCAAGGGCGGGCACCAAUGUUUUGCACCUGGCCACGCAGCCACUCUUCGUAGAGAAGGUGCUGAAGGAGCCCAAGAAAAGCAAGCCUGCCAAGAUGUUCGCGCACAAGAGCAAAGGAGGCUACAAGAACUUGAAGACAAAACACGCCAGGUAGCAGUGAGCUGCGCACCGCGUUGAACAGCACAUGCAGCACAUGUGUUAUGGCUCGAGGCUAAGCACGAUGUGGGAAGACUGCGGGCAAACGACCUACCUGUGAUAUCCCCUUGGGAAUUGCAUUGAUUGUGGCAGGCUGUUUGGAAUUAUCCCUAACCUAGGACGGCAGCCAGCAGUCGAUUUUCACUGGGCCUGCAGCUGACAAGAGGCCUGGGCAAACUGAUGAGCCACGUGGUGUCCCGUGUUUUUCUUGAUCUAGAAUCAUUGGCUCAUUGUUUUUUGCUUGUUUUCUUUUUCAGAACCCAGCCAACUGCUCAGCUGAUGUACAGCUCGGCCUUUUCUGGCGCACUCGUGCCAAAAGCGAAAAGUCGGCCCGAAAUUGAGUUCAACUUCGAACUCUUGGCAGCCAUGCUGUUGCCAUGCCCCCGUGAUACUGUGACCUUUGUUGCAUGCACGUUUAGUCUAGAUGUUCUGCCUGAACAGUUUGAAAAUAGAAUAUCGAUUCAAUAGGCG